AUGAGAUAAAUAAAAUUAUUAAUUAAUGGGAACCAACAACUCUAAGGAAACAAAAAAACCACCAAUUCGUAAUGAGGAUAAGAGGAUAGAAAAAAUAAUGGAUUAAAUGUCAUUUAAUUAAAAAGCUUAAUCAAAAAGGACUGAGUAGAAAACACUUCCUAUUGUCUACUAAUAUAAAAUCUAAUCUCAAUUUGCUUAAUAAUAGAAUGAUAUUUACUUAGAAAAUGAUCUCCAAUUUUUAAAAUAUGACCCUGACAAUUAAGAAUGCGGAAAUCUAAAUUAAUCAACCUUCAAUCAAUAGUCGGCCUUUAAGGAUUAAGGAUAGAAUUCAUUAAACGAAGAAUAAUCCCAAAGUUUAGAUAAUAAAACCAUCGAUAAAGUUAUAGAUGUUCACGAAUGCAGAAGCAAAUUAAGAAUAAUACCACUUGUCAUCGAAGAUCAAUAGCAUCCAAUUGUAAUUUAAAUUUCGGAUGAUUUAAAAAUUGAAUUGAAUCAGCAUCACCCUACAGCUCAAGAGGCUAUUCUCUAUUAAGACAAAGAGAUCCAGAUUAGUAAUUUAAGAAUAGCUGGAAUAUGGAGAUAUCUUGGUCCUUAUGAGGGUUUCCUAAAGAACAAAUAACCAUAUUAACUAUUUGACUAAUCGAUCUAUAUUGGUGAUUGGUUCAAAAAGAAGAGGGAAGGAUUUGGUUUAUUAAUAAAUGAAAAUUACCUUUAUGAAGGAUAAUGGCUGGAGGAUAAAUAUCAUGGGAAUGGAAGGAUAAUUUAUGGAAAUAGCAAUGCCUAUAUAGGAUAAUUCAAACAAGGAUUAUAUCAUGGGGAAGGCUUUUAUAUUUAAAAUAUUGAUUAAGCUAAUACCAUAUAUGAAGGAGAGUGGUUGUCAGGUUUAAAGAAUGGAAUGGGUAAGGAAUAAAUGCCUGAUGGCACCAUUUUUAUAGGAUAAUUUAAAGACAAUGAGAGACAUGGUCAUGGAAAAUUAUUUAAUAUAAGAGAUUCAUAUGUUUUUGAAGGACAAUGGAUUGGAGGUAUCACAGUAGAAAAAGGAAUUUUGAUAUGGCAGGACGGGAAAAGAUUUGAAGGAGGAUGGUAGAAUAAUAUGAUGAAUGGUUAAGGCGUGUUUAUUUGGCCAGGAGGCAAAAAGUAUGUAGGACAUUAUGUAAAUAACCUAAGAGAUGGUUAUGGAGAGUAUUAUUAUAAGGAUGGUAAGAUUUAUAAGGGGAUGUGGAAGGCAGGAUUAAUGGAUGGAUAAGGGAUUAUUAUAUAUCCUAACAAUACUCAUGAAAGGGGAAUCUGGAAGUAAGGUAAGAGGGUUGAUUUAUAGGGGAAGAAGAAGCAUAAACAAAAAGUAGUUUGA